AUGGCUGGAAAUGUUACUCGCGCUGAAAGAACUGGCUCAAUAUUUCAUCGGUAUUUUUUACCUUUAUGGUAUGAUGUUUAUGCAUCGAUACCACCUUAUAUCGAACCGGUAUGGAAUGCGAAAUAUCCCAAAGAAAAUGAACCUGUCACAUCAAUUUUUUAUCACGAAGAUCUGCUCAGAGCAAAAUUCUAUAAAAAAUUUCCAUCAGUUGGAGCUAUUAAUGUCGAAAAUGAGAAAUCAAAAUCAGUUGCUCAAAUAUUCAUUGAAAUUUAUAAUGCAGAAUUGUCAUCUUUUGAUGGAAAAGAUAUUGAAAUGACAGAAGACAAAGUUUUCGAUAUGGUGCUGGCAAAAAUGGAUAAAGAAGGUAUAUCAAUAAGUCCAAAUAAAAUUACUAGGUCCAAUCUGAAUUCUGGCAGAUCCUCAUCGGAAGCAGUUAAUUAUGAAGAUAAAAAAAUAACUUCAAAAGUUAUUGAUAAAAAAGAUAAAGAAACAAAGCCAAAUAUGGCUGAAUAA